UAAGCGCCAGGUAAGAAACGUCAAGAUCACUAGUAUUAAAAUUCUUUUCGCUUUGAUAUUCUUGUGCACAACGUGCUUUUUGAUAGUCAAAAUGCAGAACGACGCUGGAGAAUUCGUUGACUUGUACUGUCCCCGAAAAUGCUCGGCCAGCAACCGUCUCAUCCACGCGAAAGACCACGCCUCCGUGCAGCUGGUGAUCGCCGAUGUGGACCCGGUCACGGGCAGAGCGGCCGACACUUCCAAAAUGUACGUCAUCUGCGGAGCCAUCAGGCGGAUGGGGGAGUCGGAUGAUUGUAUCGUCAGACUCACCAAGAAAGAUGGGAUUCUCGUUAAGAACUACUGAUGUAGAUGGAGCUAUUUAAG